CUAGAGAAGAUUACAAGUAGAAAAAGUCAUGAAGAGUUCAUGACUUUUUUCCCCUUGGCAGAAUAUAGAAAGUUUCUUUAACUAACAACUUAAAUAUUACCUAGUCAUGAAAUAGCAACGCGUACAAGCAUGAAUGAAUUCAUAGUUUCCUCAGUAUAUCCCCCAACUGGGAAUUUGCUGGAAGCACUUAUUCACAUCUCUAACGAAGUAUUUUCAAUGGAAAAGCUUCCAUUUGUACAGAUGAAAAACAUUUCAAGUAUGGUAAGAAGGAUCAAGAUUCUUACUUCAUUGUUUGAAGAAAUGCAAGAAACAUCAUCCGCUGCACGACUUCCACCAUCUUCCAUCCUCUGCUUGGCUGAACUUUCAUGUGUCAUACAAAAGGUAAAGCUGCUUAUUGAAAUUUGCAAAGAGGGAAGCUCUUUGUGGAACCUCAUGCAAACAGAAGUGAUUUCCAACCAAUUUCAUGCACUCAUCAAGGAGAUGGACAACGCACUUGAUAUUUUACCUCUGAGGUUGCUUAAUGUGACUGUUGACACCAAGGAGCAAGUGGAGCUACUUCACAAGCAGGCGAAAAGGGCUGAUUUGUUCAUUGAUCCCCAAGACAUUCAGAAAAGGGAAGAGAUUCUGCAGUUGAUGGCAACUAACUGUGAUAGGAAAAGCAAGAACAAAGGCCUCAUUGACUUUGAGAGAGUGAAAAAGAGUUUCAAUAGCAUUGGUUUGAGAACCUCAUUGGACUAUGAGGAAGAGAUCUCAAAAUUAGAGACACAAGCUGAGAAACAGGCAGGCACGGGUGGUCUUAUCGCUGUCUCGAAUAUCAACAGCCUAAUAUCCUUGAUCUCCUUGUCAAAAACUGCAAUUUUGGAAGAAGAACACCUUAUGAAUAAGCAAAAUUUGAAGCAGACCGUAUCGAUAAAUGUUCUUCCUGAUCAAUCCUCGUCGUGUUAUUCACUGGUUUCCGACAUCCCUGAUGAAUUACGCUGCCCAAUUUCACUUGACUUGAUAAGGGAUCCCGUGAUAGUAGCAUCAGGGCAUACUUAUGAUCGAAAUUCAAUUGCUCAGUGGAUAAAUUCAGGGCACCACACAUGUCCAAAAAGUGGGCAGAGGCUCAUACAUAUGGCUCUAAUUCCCAACUAUGCACUGAAAAGUCUAAUACAACAAUGGUGCGAAGACAACAACAUCCCAAUAACAGAAUUCAAAUCAACUCCUUCAGAUUCAGAGAGUAGCAGUAGUAAGAUUAAGAAAUAUGACAAGGCGGUUGACUACAUUUCUGCUACUAAAGCUUCCACGGAUGCUGUCAAAAUGACAGCAGAGUUUUUAGUUGGGAAACUGGCAACAGGGUCUCCAGAUAUACAGAGACAGGCAGCAUAUGAGCUAAGAUUGCUCGCGAAAUCUGGCAUGGACAAUCGCAGGAUCAUAGCUGAGUCUGGAGCUAUUCCAUUUCUGAUGACUCUGCUAGGUUCCCGCGAUCCAAGAAUCCAGGAGAAUGCAGUCACAGCCUUACUCAACCUCUCAAUACAUGAGAAUAACAAGAUCCUGAUUAUGUCUGCUGGUGCUAUCGACAGCUUAAUUGGAGUUCUCCAAUCUGGUAAAACAAUGGAAGCAAGAGGAAAUGCAGCAGCAGCAAUCUUCAGCUUGUCUGUAAUAGACGAAUACAAGGUAAUCAUUGGGGCACGUACCAAAGCCAUUCCAGCUUUGGUUGGACUUCUAAAAGACGGAACUACAGCAGGGAAAAGGGAUGCCGCUAUAGCACUCUUUAAUCUUGCGGUCUAUGAUGCCAAUAGGCAAAGUAUAGUGCUUACAGGAGCUGUUCCCCUACUCAUUGAUCUUCUCAUGGACGACAAGGCUGGUAUAACUGAUGAUUCCUUGGCGGUUCUUGCCCUCAUCUUGGGAUGCAACGAAGGGCUACAAGCAUUAAGAAAGAGUAGGAUCUUGGUGCCUCUUCUUGUUGAUCUAUUGAGAUUUGGAUCUUCAAAAGGGAAGGAUCAUUCGAUAACACUUCUGCUAGGACUCUGCAAGGAUAGUGGAGAGGAGAUAGCGGGAAGAUUAUUGAUGAAUCCGAGAAGUAUUCCUUCUCUCCAGAGCUUGGCUGCUGAUGGCUCUCUGAGAGCUCGAAGAAAGGCUGAUGCACUCCUAAGACUACUUAAUAGAUGCUGCUUUCAAUCUCAGUAGGCCUGACAGAUUAGAGAAAUGAAUACACUGUUAGAUGAAAAUACUUUUCACCUUAGUUUAUUGUUAUUCGACCUUUAUCCAUUCACCUUCAACCUGAUAACAUCCAAUCAAGUUGUAAAACCAUUUUUCAUUAAAGCAAC